CCGCGGUAGGAACCAAUCGUCGGUCGGAGCCUGAAGGGGGAAAAAGCCGCGCGAGCGAUUCAGCAUGGCGGCGCCUGCAGCCUCGGCGGCUCUGAGUCCGCGGGGCUGUGCGGACGGGGAGGAUGCCAACGCUACAGAGGAGCGGGUGGCGGAAACGGCAAGAGACGACCAGGAGCAGUUCGAGUGUCAGGAGCUGCUGGAGUGCCAGGUGCAGAUGGGGAACCCCGAGGAGGAGGAGGAGGACGCGGACGUGGUGGCCGAGGCCGAGACCGUGGCUGCCGGCUGGAUGCUCGACUUCCUCUGCGUCUCUCUUUGCCGGGCCUUCCGCGACGGCCGCUCCGAGGACUUCCACCAGACCCGCGACAGCGCCGAGGCUAUUAUUCAUGGACUGUCCAGCCUAACAGCUUACCAAUUGAGAACUGUAUACAUAUGUCAGUUUUUGACAAGAAUUGCAGCUGGAAAAACCCUUGAUGCACAGUUUGAAAGUGAUGAACGAAUUACACCCUUGGAAUCAGCCCUGAUAAUUUGGGAUUCAAUUGAAAAGGAGCAUGACAAACUUCAUGAAGAAAUACAGAAUUUAAUUAAAAUUCAGGCUAUAGCUGUUUGUAUGGAAAGUGGCAAUUUUAAGGAAGCUGAAGAAGUCUUUGAAAGAAUAUUUGAUGACCCAAAUUCUUAUACGCCUUUAAAAAGAAAAUUGCUUACAAUAAUCUCUCAGAAAGAUGCAUUCCAUUCCAUUUUUCAACACUUCAGCUACAGCCACAUGAUGGAGAAAAUUAAGAGAUAUGUGAAUUAUGUGCUAAAAGAAAAAUCAUCGACUUUUCUAAUGAAGGCAGCAACAAAAGUAGUGGAAAGUAAAAGAGCAAGAACAAGUUCUCAAGAUAAACCUAAUAAUAAUGAUAGUGAAAUGGAAACUCCGGCUAAUUUGGAUGUAGGAGAAAGUGUUAGUGACAAACAGUCUGCGGAAACUGAAUCCUCAGAGGGUACAGUAUCCUUAUUGAGGUCUCACAAGAAUCUCUUCUUAUCUAAGUUUAACCAUGGAUGCCAACUACAAGAUCCUGGUGAGACAGAGGAAAGAAUAGAAACUCUUCAAAUUAGAAGAAAGAACGAUGACUGUAGAAGAUCCAGUAAACGCAAGACAAGAGAUGUUUUAAACAAUCAGCCAGCAACUUCUGAAAAACAUCGAUCUCGGAAAAAACAGGCAUGGCUUUGGGAAGAAGACAAGAAUCUGAGAUGUGGCGUAAGGAAAUAUGGAGAGGGAAACUGGACUAAAAUACUAUUACAUUAUAAGUUCAACAACCGAACAAGCGUCAUGUUAAAAGACAGAUGGAGGACCAUGAAGAAACUAAAACUGAUUUGCUCGGACAGUGAAGACUGAGUAUGUUUGAAAAGUGUGAUAAAAGGAGGACAGUUAAAUAUUUUGAUCGCUGCAUUUGUUGUGACUUUACUGGUCACUGUUGUAUCUUAAAUUUUUUAUUUAAAGCAUUAUAGUAUUUUUCUGUGAAACAGUCAUUUAAUUCAUUUAAGGAUUGUGCUAUAAAUUAUAUGCCAUCAUUAUAUUCUUAGGACUUUUUACUUUGAUAAAAUGUAAAAUUUUUGAACCCUGGUUCAUUCAGUGUCCACUCCCAAAUCCUACUCCAAUUAAAAAAAAAAAAAAUGAAAACCUGAUUCAAAAAAAAAAAUUUCUAUUAACGUAUUCUCUUUCUGUAUACUGACCUCAACCCCAUAACACACAUAAAAAUGAACUUUCCCAAUCACUGAAUAAUAAGCCUUUGACAUAGAGGUCAUGACUUGAUUUAUGGCCUUAAUAUGCUACUUAAUUAUCAAGGCUUUUGUUUUAUAGAAUGAUAAAUGUACAAAGUAAUAUAUUAGUUAUACCAAGUUUUCAUAUAAAUAGAAAAAUUUGAAAAUAAUAAUACCCAUAGGACAAAAUUUGUACUAUUGGCAACACGAGCUUCACGUCGUAUUUAGUACAUUUGACUUUUGUUCCAGUGUUUAAAGUUUAACAAAAAAGGUUUUGAAUAAAGCUGCUUUAUAACCUGAUGCCAUAAACCAGGUUCUCUGAUAUUUUCAUUGAAUAUACUAAUAUUGGGCUUAUAUGAAUUAGUCUAUAAAUGCUUAAAUUGGCAUUAACCAUUAUCACUUUAACAUCUAUGAUAAUGCAAUACCAACUGUAUUCACAAGUUCUUAGUGAAGGACCAUUUGGAGCCGAGCACAGACCAGACACUUCUAGUGGCGUGAUCAACAGGCGUUUAUUACAGACUGAACAGGACAGGGAUGAGUAAAACAGCACACAUCAUUAGCAGCCUAGGUUCCCCGAAGUUAGGCUCCUGUCGACAGUGUUAGAUCGCAUCCAAACAUGCCCCAGUUCAUGUCUGGGGAGAACGCCUGUGUUCUGUCCCAGUAUUAAACAUUAAUCGGACAGCCAUGUCUACAUGCCAAACAGCAUGUGUAGAGAAUAGGUAGGGUAAGGGGCAGUAAGAGGGGGCAAAAAACGAUAAAGGGUGGGUAAUAAAAGUAGAAGGCCAUCCGUAGGCAAUGGACAUCAUUUAUUGCCCCAUUCAGGCUAGUCUAAAUUUACUGGUGCCAGAGAACAGCCCUUCCUUCUUUCUUCAGAGGACAAUCAUCUCCCCCUAAGCCACAUACUUUAUGUCCAUUAGCAGGUAUGUCCACUGGCAGCUAGGGAGACAGUGAGAGGGCAAUUAUAAUUUAGCACACCUGUGCCUGUUAAACCUGUUGCUGUCGAGUCGAUUCCAACUCAUAGCGACCCUGUAGGAUAGAGUAGAAGUGCCCUAUAGGGUUUCCAAGGAGUGGCCAGUGGAUUUCAACUGCUGACCUUUUGAUUAGCAGUCAAAUGCAGAUAAAUACUGAAUAAACAAGGUCAUACAUAACUUAGUAGGCAAUAUUGAGUUUUCACCAACAUUUUAUUCUUUAGAGGAUUCAGUCAGAAUUAUCCAGCGUUUCUAGUGACAUGUGCUUUAUUUUAACAAGUGAGUAAAUAUCUGUACUUUAGUCUUGAAGUAGUUAUAUAAAAAAAGAAAGGUAAUAUUUUAUAAACUUUCAUUUUCUAUUAAAGUUUUAUGUAUUGCCCAUUGUCUCUAAAUUUGUAUGGUAUUACAUGUAUACUAAACAGAAAUGUGGAUAAUUAUAUGCUCCCUGGCUCACUGUUCUGUUACACCACUAGCUACCGUCACUGUUUAUCACAGGCAUUUGGAUGAUUAGAGCCAAAGCUGGCAUCAUGAGUCAAGGUGAACUUCUAAGUCACCUGCCUUUCAUUCCAGACAUGUACCAGAAGUCAUCAAGUCUACAUUGUCAUUAAUUGUAAGAUGCUUUGUCAUUUUAUGUAUUACUAAAAAUGAAAAAUCACUAUCAGUUAAAGCGUGGUGGUUUCUUAUUUAGCAUUUUACUUACUAAAAGCUAUUUUAGCUUUGUUUGUACCUGGAUUUUUAUUAUACAACUUGUGGAUACAUAAAAAGAAAAUUAAGAGCAAAAUAAGUGGUAUAAUGUAUACCUACAAUUUUCUCAUCUUCAUAGUCUGACUCUUCUGAAUUACUUUUUUUUUAAUUUUUUUUUAUUUUGAAAAUACACACAAUACAGCAUAAAGAAUUCAACAGUUUCUGCAUGUACAAUUCAGCAACAUCGAUUACAUUCUUCAAGUUGUACAACCAUUCUCACCCUCCUUUUCUGAAUUGCUCCUCCCCCAUUCACAUAAACUCUCUGCCCCCUAAGCUUCCUAGCUGAUCUUUCAAAUUGCUGUUGUCAGUUGGAUCCCAUAUAGUUCUUAAAGGAGCACAGUGCUCAAGGCAGACAUUAGUAAUUAAGAUAAACUAUUGUUUGAUUUAAAGAAGACUUCAGGAGAUAUUUUUGGAUUAAGGUUUGAAGAUUAUCUUGGCAAUAGUUUUGAGAGCUCACCCAGCUUUGAUGGUUCUAGAAAAACUAGAUCCCAUGAGAAUUUGAAGUUCUGCAUUUUCCCCCUUUUGAUCAGUAUUCGUCUAUAGCAUCUUUGAUCAAAACAUUCAGUAAUGGUAGCUAGGCACUGUCUUGAAUUACUUUUUUUAAUUGAAAUUUUAAUUGAGAUAAUUUCAGAUUCACAUCCAGUUGUAAGAAAUAAUACAGCUAUAUCCCUUUUACACUUUGUCCAUUUUCCCCAGUGGUAACAUUUUGCAGAACAAAAAUACCACCACCAAGAUAUUGAUAACCCAUCAAUAUUACUCAGAUUUCCCUAGUGUUACGUGUGUGUAUGUAGUAAGUUCUAAACGAUUUUAUCACCUGCAGAGGCUCAUAUAUUCACCACCACAAGUCAAGAUAUUGAGUGGUUCCAACACCACCAAGGGUCCCUUGUGUUGCCCUUUUAUAACCACACAUCUCUCUCCUGUGCCACAUCCUAACCCGUGGCAGCUACUAAUCUGUCCUCCAUUUCUAAACUUUUGUCAUUUCAGAAUGACAAAAGUGGCAUACAGAGUGACAUCACCAGAAAUGGUGGAGUAGGGAGCUUCGAGGAUCUGUCCUUCCACUGAGGUAACCGUUAAGCUGUCAAAAAGUGGUCAGAAUCUUUUUUUUUUUUUUCCAGAACUCUGGACUCUAAUAAGCUUAAAACAACCAGGAGAAUGUUUAAUAAAAGAGGGUGUUGAGUUUCAGUAAGAGGCUGUUCUGACAUUUUUGCUUACCUGACUGCCAUCCCCCACUCCCCAGCUUGGUGAUGGUCUUGAGCAUGGCAUCCCACUUUACUGGUAUGGUUUACUGUUGGUGCUAGAGUGGGCAAUAUGGAAUUUGCUUUCAAAGAAUUGUAUGUUUGGACCUGUCUGGGAGUUUCCCGUUGGAUUGACACAUAGACUUGGCCUUUGUUCUGCUCCCUGAAAUGGGCUGGAGUGGCCACAUGGGAAGCAUUUGUCAAAAGCACUUAAAGAUAUAUACUGGCUGCAGCCAUCUGGGGCGAGGGAUGGUGGAGGAGAAGCAGCAAACAACCCAAAAGGCCUGGGGAAAAGACAACAGGAAUAAGUGAUUUAAAUGGUUCCCACAUAAACAAGGGAAUCCACAGCGACUCAAAAUCGUGCCACCUUUUAGCUUGAUUCAUAAUUUGAUCAUAUUUUCAUUUUCAGUUUCUUCCUGAAGGUUUUUUUUUUUUUUGUAUUUUAGAUGAAGGUUUACAGAACAAACUAGCUUCUCAUUAAACAAUUAGUACACAUAUUGUUUUGUGACAUUGGUUACCAACCCCACAACAUGUCAAUAUUCCCUUCUCUACCUUGAGUUCCCUAUUACCAGCUUUCUUGUCUCCUCUUGCCUUCCAGUCCUUGCCCCUGGGCUGGUGAGCCCUUUUAGUCUCUUUUUUAUGGGCCUGUCUAAUCUUUGGCUGAAAGGUGAACUUCAGGAGUGACUUCAUGAUGGAGCUAAAACGGUGUCCGGGGGCCAUACUCUCGGGGUUUCUCUAGUCUCUGCCAGGCUAGUAAGUCUGGUUUUUUUUUUUUGAGUUAAAAUUUUGUUCUAUAUUUUUCUCCAGCUCUGUCCAGGACCCUCUGUUGUGAUCCCUGUCAGGGCAGUCACUGGUGGUAGCUGGGCACCAUCUAGUUGUACUGGACUCAGUCUGGUGGAAGCUGUGGUAGUUGUGGUCCAUUAGUCCCUUGGACUAAUCUUUCCCUCAUGUCUUUAGUUUUCUCCAUUCUCCCUUGCUCCUGAAGGGGUGAGACCACUGGAGUAUCUUAGAUGCCUGCUCACAAGCAAGACCCCAGAUGCUACUUACCAAACUAGAAUAUAGAACAUUUUCAUUAUAAACUAUAUUAUGUUAACUGAGCUAGAUGUUCCCUACAACCAUGGCCCCCACAGCCCUCAGCCCAGUAAUUCGGUCUCUCAGGGAGUUUGGAUGUGUCUAUGGAGCUUCCAUGACCCUGCCUUGGACAAGUUGUCCGGGCGUCCCCAGUAUUGUGUACUGUCUUAACCUUUCACCUAAGUUACCACUUAUCUGUUGUCUGUUUAGUGUUUUUCCAUCCCUACCCCUCCCCUCACUUGUAACCAUCAAAGAUUGCUUCUUUUUGUGUGUAAACCUUUUCAUGAGUUUUUACUGCAGUGGUCUCAUACAAUAUUUGUCCUUUUGUAAUUGACGACUUAUUACACUCAAUGCCCUCAAGAUUCACCCGUGUUGUGAGACGCUUCGCAGAUUCAUCACUGGUCUUCAUCAUUGUGUAAUACUCCAUUGUGUGUAUGUACCAUAGUUUACCCAUUAAUCUGUUGAUGGGCAUCUAGGUUGGUUCCAUCUUUUUGCUAUUGUGAACAGUGCUGCAAUGAACAUGGGUGUGCAUGUGUCCACUCGUGUGAUGACUCUUUAUUUCUCUAGGCUAUAUUCCUAGGGAUAAAAAAUUCCUAGGGAUGGUAUUUCUAUUUCUAGCUUUUUAAAGAAGCGCCAUAUCAUUUUCCAAAAUGGUUGUACCAUUUUGCAUUCCCACCAGCAGUGCAUAAGAGUUCCAGUCUCCCAGCAGCCUCUCCAACAUUUGUUAUUUUCCGUUUUUUUGAUUUGUGCCAGUAAUGUGGGGGGUGAGAUGGUAUCUCAUUAUGGUUUUGACUUGCAUUUUUCUAAUGGCUAGUGAUCUCGAGUGUUUCUUCAUGUGUCUGUUAGCCUCCUGAAUGUCUUCUUUGGUGAAGUAUCUGUUCAUUUCCUUUGCUUAUUUUUUAAUUGAAUUGUCUUUUUGUUUUAGAGGUGUUGGAUUUUCCUGUAGAUUUUAGAGAUUAGACCUUUGUCAGAUUUGUCAUGGCCAAAAUUUUUUUCCCAGUCUGUAGGUUCUUUUUUUACUCUUGGUGAAGUCUUUUGAUGAUGAUCAGUGUUGAAUUUUUAGAAGAUUCCAGUUAUCUAGCUUAUCUUCUGGAGUUUGUAUGUUGUUAUGUUUUGUAUCCUGUUAAUGCCAUAUAUUAGGACCUGUAGCGUUGAUCCUAUUUUUUCUUCCCUGAUCUGUAUAAGUUUUGAUUUUAUAUUUAGGUCUUUGAUCCAUUUUUGAAUUAGUUUUUGUGCAUGAUAUGAGGUAUGAGUCCUGUUUCAUUUUUUUGCUGAUGGACAUCUAGUUUUCCCAGCACUAUUUAUUAAAAAGACUGACUUUUCCCCAUUUAAUGGACUUUGGGCCCUUGUCAAAGAUCAGGUGACCGUAGGUGGAUGGAUUUACACCUGGGUUCUCAAUUCUGUUCCAUUGGUCAAUGUAUCUGUCAUUGUACCAGUACCAGGCUGUUUGGACUGUCAUAGUUGUACAGUAGGUUCUGAGGUCAGGUAGUAUUCUUCUUCCUCAGUAGUGCUGUACUUAUCCGUGGCCUCGUCCCUUUUCAUAUAAAGUCAGUGAUUAGUUUUUCCAUCUCUUUAAAGAAUGUUGUUGGUAUUUGGUUUGGGAUUGGCUUCCUAAAGUUUUUAUUUUCAUUCAUAUGGAAUGAAAAUUUUAAAAGUAAAAUUUUUCUACAUGGCUUAAAACGGAAAUGUCAUUCCCCUUCACCGCCUUUCAUCACUCCCUAAAGGCAACUGUUUGUUACUUUUCAGUCUUAGGUAGGGAUUAUAUCGUCGAUGUGUCCUGCACCCAGAACAUACACAUUCUCCCCAUGGCUGUGCUUCUCCUCCCCUACUUCCCAGUGUAGAGAGACGUUAGAUCACAGCUUCUGCUUUAACCAACGACAUAGCUUCACCUCUGCGCAUUUGGUUUUCUCUCCUAAGACACUUACCUCUCGGCCGUCGGCUUUUCUGCCCCUGAGGUUUCGGGACCUUCACUCUCUGCACCUUUUUCUCUCUCCAUCUCCUUAUGGUUAUGUAUAUUUGCCUUUUCAAAUUCCUUAACUGUCUGUCAUUUUGCUGGGAAUUGGGGGACAAAGGAUGUAACUAUGUGUGUUCAGCCUGUCAUAUUUAAUUGAAAGAAAUGUCCUAUUUAGAAUCCUCUAUUAAGAAUCCUAAGGAGUCCUGGUGGCGCAGUGGUUAAAGCACUCAGCUGCGACCCAAAAGGUUGGUGUUUCCAACCCACAAGUGGCUCCAAGGGAGAAAGAUGGGGCAAUCUGCUUGCAUAAAGAUUACAGCCUUGGAAACCCUAUGGGGCAGCUCUACUCUGUCAUAUAAAGUCACAAUGAGUCAGAAUUGACUUGAUGACAAAGGGUUUUAAUAAGACUUCUAGGAGUCCCUGGGUGCCACAAAUGGUUAAGCACUCUGCUACUAACUAAAUUGGCAGUUUGAACUCACCCAGAGGUGCCUCAGAAGAAAUGCCUGGUGAUCUACUUCCAAAAGAUCACAGCCUUGAAAAUCCUUUGAAGCACUCUUCUACUUUGACACACAUGGGGUCGCCAUGAGUUGGAAUCAACUCAGUGGCAACUGGUUUUUUUGUUUAAUUAAGUUUCUGAAUCUUUGCAUUUCUGUUUCUUGCCUUCACACUUGAUUAGUCACUCGGCUGGUAUAGAAUGCUAGUUUAAAAAUUACAUCUCUUAGAAGUGGAGGCAUUAUUGUAUCAGACCUCAGACAUUCACUCACGCUGAUGAGAAGACUACUGUCUUCUAGAAAUUCUUGUUUCUUUGUAGGCAAUCUGUUUUUCUCUCUCCAAGAUUUAUUUUCUUUAUCCUUGCUUUGAAAUUUCACAAAUUUGUCUUCAGAGGUGGGGUCUUUUUUAUUCAUCUUGUCUGGUGCUCAGUGGGACCGCCUCAUCCCAGGAAGAAUGUCUCUCACCUCUGAUUUCACCAUCUUUUUUACAUCUUUGAAAGGGCAGGGCUCCCUCCACUCUGAUUUUUCUAGCAUCAAAAUCCCAUUUGCUUUCAAUCUUCGAAACAAUUCUUCAAAAUCUCUGGGCAAUGCACCCCUCCACUUUCUUAACUAUGCUACGAACUUAUCACUUUUUAUGGAUUCUGUAAUCUCAAUGGAAUUUUGGGAUGAAAGAGGGUAGACAUGUGUAUCCAUCUGCCACCUUGACCUAGAAGACUCACUUAUCUUUUAAUAUGAUUACCUUGCAUGGAAUGUCUUACCUUGUCUGGCUCAUCAAGAAACACCCCUUUUAAUAGCUAUCCUAAAGCCUAAAUCCGUUAUAUCUAUCUCUUAUUGAUCAGCUUAGAGGAGAAAAGAUGAGAUCAUCGAUGGUAGUCUGAGAAUGAUGUUUCUUCCCUGCAUAUAGGAUUGCAUAUACCUCAUAACGUCCAAGACUUUAUUCUUUAACUUCCAGAGUUAUUUGUAUGGACCUUUGAUUCUAACAUGGCAGAAACCAUAUUUAUUUUGCCUCAUUUUUAUACAUGCAUGACAGAAAAGAUGACUAAGUAAAAUUUUGAUGCCAGAAUAGUGUUAAACUAUUGCUAUUUAUGCUUAACUACCACCAGUCCUCUGUCAGUUGGUCGUACUGUGGUGGCUUACGUGUUGCUGUGAUUCUGGAAGUUAUGCCAUCAGUAUUUCAAAUACCAGCAGGGUCACCUAUGGUGGACAGAUUUCAGCAGAGCUUCCAGAGUAAGACAGACUGGGAAGAAGGACCUGGAGAUCUACUUCUGAAAAAAUUGGCCAGUGAAAACCUUACGGAUAGCAACGGAGCAUCAUCUGAUAUAGUGCCGGAAGAUGAGCCCCUCAGGUUGGAAAGAACUCAAAAUAUGACGGGAAGAGCUGCCACCUCAAAGUAGAAUCAACCUUAAAGACAUGGAUGGAGUCAAGCUUUUGGGACCUUCAUCUGCUGAUGUGGCAUGACUCAAAAUGUGAAGAAUCAGCUGCAAACAUCCAUUAGUAAUCAGAAUGUGGAAUGUAUGAAGUAUGAACCAAGGAAAAUUUGAAGUUAUCGAGAAUGAAAUGGAACACAUAAAGAUCCUAGGCAUUAGUGAGCUGAAAUGGACUAGUAUUGGCCAUUUUGAAUCAGACAAUAAUAUGGUCUGCUAUGUUGGGAAUAACAGAUUAAAGAGGAAUGGCAUCACAUUCAUCAUCAAAAAGAACACUUCAAAAUUUAUUCUGAAGUACAACACUGACAAUGAUAAGAACAAUAGCCAUAUGCCUACAAAGAAGAUCAGUUAAUACGACUGUUAUUCAAAUUUAUGCACCAACCACUAAUGCCAAAGAUGAAGAAAUUGAAGAUUUUUACCAAAUUCUGCAGUCUGAAAUUGAUCAAAUACGCAAUCAAGAUGCAUUGAUAACUAUUGGUGAUUAGAAUGUGAAAGUGGAAACAAAGAAGGAUCUGUAGUUGGAAAAUAUGGCCUAGGAGAUAGAAACAAAACGACUUCGGAGAGCACAUGAUAGAAUUUUGCAAGACCAACGACUUAUUAACCACAAAUACCUUGUUCAACAACAUAAACAGCAACUAUGCAUGUGGACCUCACCAAAGGGAAUACACAGGAAUCAAAUUGACUGCAUCUGUGGAAAGAGACAAUAGAGAAGCUCACUAUCAGGAGAAAGAACAAGGCCAGGGACUGACUGCAGAGCAGACCAUCAAUUGCUCAUAUGUAAGUUCAAGUUGAAGCUGAAGAAAAUUCAAUCAAGUCCAUGAGAGCCAAAGUACAACCUUGAGUAUAUCCCACCUGAAUUUGGAGAGCAACUCAAGAAUAGAUUUGAUGCACUGAAUACUAAUGACCAAAGACCAGAUACGUUGUGUGAUGACAUCAAGGACAUCAUACAUGAAGAAAGCAUAAAGUCAUUAAAAAGACAGGAAAGAAAAGACCAAAAUGGAUGUCAGAGAAGAUUCUGAAACUUGCUCUUGAAUACAGAGUAGCUAAAGCAAAAGGAAGAAAAUAUGAAGUAAAAGAGCUGUACAGAAGAUUUCAAAGAUUGGCUGAAGACAAAGUAAAAUAUUAUAAUGAAAAGUGCAAAGACUUGGAGUUACGGAAGAAAACACUUGGCAUUUCUCAAGCUGAAAGAACUGAAGAAAAAAAUUCAAGCUUCAAGUUGCAAUUUUGAAGGAUUCUAUGGGCAAAAAAAAAAUUGAAUGAUGCAAGAAGCAUCAAAAAAAAGAUUGAAGGAAUACAGAGUCACUGUACCAAAGAAUUAGUUGAUGUUCAACCAUUUCAGGAAGUAGCAUAUGAGCAAGAACCGAUGGUACUGAAGGAAGAAGUCCAAGAUGCACCAAAGGCAUUAGCGAAAAACAAGGCCCCAGGAAUUGACAGAGUACUAGUUAAGAUGUUUAAACAGAAGGAUGCAAUACGGGAGGUGCUCACUCAUCUAUGUCAAGAAAUUUGGAAGACAGCUACGUCGCCAACUGACUAGAAAAGAUCCAUAUUCGUUCCCAUUCCAAAGAAAGGUGAUCCAAUAGAAUACAGAAAUUAUUGAAGAGUAUCAUUAAUAUCACAGACAAGUAAAACUAUGCUGAAGAUAAUUCAAAAACGAUUGCAACAGUACAUCAACAGGAAACUGCCAGAAAUUCAAGCUGGAUUCAGAAGUGGACACAGAAUGAAGGAUACCAUUGUUGAUGUCAGAUGGAUCUUGGCUGAAAGCAGAGAAUAUCAGAAAGAUGUUUACCUGUAUUUUAUUGACUAUGCAAAGGCAUUUGACUGUGUGGAUCAUAAUAAAUUAUGGAUAACACUGCAAAGAAUGGGAAUUCCAGAACGCUUAAUUGUGUUCAUGUGGAACCUGUAUAUAGACCAAGAGGCAGUCGUUCGAACAGAACAAGGGGAUAAUUCGUGGUUUAAAGUCAGGAAACAACAAUGAUAACAUGCUUAACUAUGUUGUUGCUGUUAGUUGCCAUCGAGUCAAUUCCACAUCAUGGCAACCUCAUGUGUGCUGAGUGGAACUGCUCCAUAGGGUUUUCAAGGCUGUGAGCUUUGGGGAGCAGAUGGACAAGCCUGUCUUUCGUAGUGCUUCUAGGUGGGUCUGAAAUGCCAAUCUUUUGACUACUAGUCAAGCACUUAACUACAGCACCCAAGGGCUUCUGUGUUUAACUAAAACAUUCUCGAAUAAAAAUGUCCCGACCAAGACCCUGAAAAGAUUGUUGUUAUUUUUGUUAGGUGCAGUCGAGUCGAUUCCAACUCAUAGCAACCCUAUGUACAACAGAACGAAACACUGCCCGGUUCUGCACCAUCUUCACAAUUAUUCUUAUGCUUGAGCCCAUUGUUGGAGCCACUGUGUCAAUCCAUUUCCUUGAGGGUCUUUCCCUUUUUUGCUGACCCUCUACUUUGCCAAACAUGUUGUCCUUCUCUAGAGGUUAUUCCUUCCUGAUAACAUAUCCAAAGUAUGUGAGACAAAGUCUUGCCAUCCUUGCGUCUAAGGGCCAUUCUGGCUGUACUUCUUUCAAGAAAGAUUUGUUUGUUCUUCUGGCCUGUUGCCAUCAAGUUGGUUCUGACUCAUAGCGUCCCUAUAGGACAGAGUGGAAAUGCCCCACAGGGUUUCCAAGGAGCAGCUGGUGGAUUUGAACUGCCAAUCUUUUAGUGAAUAGCCGUAGCUCUUAAGCACUGCGCCACCAGGGCUCCUGUGUUCUUCUGGAAGUCCAUGAUACAUUCAAUAUUCUUCGCCAAUACCAUAAUUCAAAAGCAUCAGUUCUUCUUUGGUCUUCCUUAUUCACUGUCCAGCUUUCACAUGCAUAUGAGGUGAUUGAAAACAUCUUGGCUGGGGUCAGGCGCACCUUAAAUCCUUAAAGUGAUAUUUUUCUUUUUAACACUUUAAAGAGGUCUUUUGCAAUAGAUUUGCCCAAUGCAAUGCGUUGUUUGAUUUCUUGACUGCUGCUUCCAUGGGCGUUGUUUGUGGAUCCAAGUAAAAUGAAAUCCUUGACAAUUUCAAUCUUUUCUUCAGGUUUUUGUUUUCUUUAUGUUGAGAUGUAGUCCAUACUGAAGGCUGUGGUCUUUGAUCUUCAUCAGUAAGUGGUUCCAGUCCUGUUCACUUUCAGCAAGCAAGGUUGUGUCAUCUGCAUAGGUUGUUAAUGAAUCUCCCUCCAGUCCUGAUGCCCUGCUCUUCAUGUAGUCCAGCUUCUGGGAUUAUCUGGUGAAAGGAUACAACCCUGACACACACCUUUCUUGACUUUAAACCACACAGUAUCCCCUUGUGCUGUUUGAAUGACAGUCUCUUUGGAUUAUAUUUCAUCUUGUUCCUUUUCUACUCUUUUUCCCCUUCUCUUUUAUUACCCUACUCUUAAAGAUCACUGUCCCUAAUUCUUUUCCCCUUCUUUCAUGGGCGGAUAUAUUUAUUUCUUUGUUCAAAUUACUUUCCACAGGCAUUUUUGAAAACUGGUAAUUCUAGAGUCGGUAAAUCAUUGGUAGAGUGCCUGUGGAAAGGACCCUAAUUCUAAAGCUUUAAGGAAAAAAGAAUGUUUUAAGUAAAAAGGAAUGCCUAGGAGGUCUUAAAUACUUUGAUCUUUAACUUUUAAAAUAAAAACUUUUGGUCCUUCGUUAGUCACUUAGGACUACAUAUUUCAGUUCUAAACUAUCCUUGGGCUUUGCUAGAAUUAAUGAGUUUUUCAAAAAACAUUGUUUAAUGGACUUUAGCCUAUGAAAUUCUCAAAAAUAGAAGUAACAAAAGUAUAACUGCAAUAU